CAUUAGUUGUCUGUGCAGUGUGCACUUAGUACCUUCCACUAUCCCUUCCAAAAUAUCGCUCUACAACUCUCUCGCCCAUCAGCAGGCAAGAUAUAGCUUUUGCAUUCGGUCCCUUUUACCUCCGUCGUCAUGCGAGAAGGAUCCAUUCGCGUGUUCAUUUACUGGUUAAGGGUCAUUAUCAAAACGACUGCAUUUCGAUCGUACAGGAGUCUCUGCUCUAUUCUCCUGCGACUGAUCCAAUACUGUGAAUCUGUUGUGAAUGGAAAGGAAGGACAUUUUCGUGAGCGGCCCAGUUUCGCUUUGAGCUCUCAGCCAGUGGCCAACCAACUCGAGUCGACGCCUUCUGUGAGCCUUGCAAUGCCAUUACUUGAGGCACCUCUUCAAACACAAGAGUCCCAACCUGAAACGAACGUUCAUAUGCCAAUGCCAGAGCCUUACCAAGGGACAAAUAUCAACGUCCCAGCUCAUGAUACACAGUCUCCCCGGAGCUCUGCUGUGCCGUUCACACCAAUCUCUAUGCCUGAACCCAGCAUCCCCGUGGCUGUCGUCAUGUCAUCGCCUCCUACGACGCCAGGGCAGGCCGUUGAUAUAUAUCUAACUCCCAUUGUACCCGAACCACAGGUCAAACGAUACGAAAGGCAUGUUCCCAUAAAUAGUGAAUAUAAACCAUUCGAGGUUAAGAAAGGCCCUUUGGACUGUUCAGAGGAGCUUGCUGCAGUAGAAGGAUGGGAACCGCUCACGCACCCGGAAGGGGCUUUGUUCUUCUAUCAACCAUAUAAAAGAGUUUUCACUGAUGCCGAUGUUCGAGAUUCUAAAAUUGCUUUCAAAAUAAACAAAGCUGUUGAGAUGGCGUACGAAGGGGCGCGGGAGGCAAACAUCUCUUUGGAUUCUUCCGUCGAGCUCGCAUUGGAGCUCAUUGUAAAGGAGGACAAGGAAUAUUUGGGCUACUACGUUGCCGACCAUAAAAGACGUGUCGUUUUCUGGUUCGAAGACUACAAAUCCUUUGAACUUGUGAAUAACGUUCGAGGUGUAGAGCGCAAAAGCCAUGUCAAGUAUGCAUUGGAUUCACAAUAUUGGAGACACAUCGAGCUAUUUCCAAACAAACGCGUCCUUCCAGAAGACAUUGUCGUGACACUCAAAGAAAUUGUCAUGCAUGCUCAUGCAGAAAACAUCACUUCUGAAACGUGCCUGGCACCUUUUGCCCCGAAUGAGGUUGCAAGCAUGCUUGGCCUUGUGGAUCAUCUCAAAGACAGCACUAACCAGGAACGGGAACAUUCCGUGUGGAUCGCUGCUCGAUUCAUGAGGCUUUUUUCCAACGCAAAGUUCGUGAAUUUCUGUGGACAACCAGGUGCCCGACUUGACGUAGAUCAAUCGUUAUAUGGAGAACAUGACAUCCGCUCAAAAAAUAUCGUUCUUCGUAUCAUGAAUGUUAUUCUGUUUGGAUCCCCAGUUGCUCACAGCAAGGCAAUUCACAGGAUAUGGGUCGAUGAAACCAUGGUUCAGCCACGAUGGAAUGAUUUUAUCGAUAGGCUUACCACCGAAUGGAAUGGAUAUACAAUAUUUUCUACUGUGAUGCUCGCUGUUGAUAUUAGCCUUCUCGCGGUCCCAGCUGUCGCGACUCAAACAGCUGCGAUCGUUUUAGCAUAUCUGUCUUCCCUGUGCGCUUUAGGCUCCUUAAUGGUAUCGCUAAUCUUGGCUGGACAAGUUAAUGACAGCCGGCGAGGCUCUGCUGCAGACGUGGCCUCUUUCAUGGUAGGAAUAUCAGAGUCUAUGUUCGGGCUGGAAAGUCUCGCCCUGAUGCUCAGCCUGCCGUUCGCACUUCUGAUAUGGGGAAUGACGUUCUUUGCUGGAGCAUUGUCCACCCUGAUCUUCCGUACUUCUGGCGUUGUCGCCGUCUCAAUUACAUCUCCAAUUUUGAUCGCCGUAUUCGUCCUAGCGACGUGGCCCAUGCUUGCCGCCAAUAAUAUUCACAUUUCUCACCUGAGGUUUUGGAUCAUAGAACGUGUUUUACCUCAGGCUGCGGGGCCCAUCGUCAUCUCUCAUGCCUAAUCUGUGUUGUCUGAUUGUGGUGCGACGUGCAUACAAUUGGUACAUGGUGUUUUGCAAGUUGAUUUAUAUCGUACCCGUUUCCUCCUGAAUAGUCCCAGAGGUUGUUGGCGCACGAAUCGUGCACGUGACGACUGUGACGCGGUAGAAUGCCAACGGUCGUUAUAUAUAUUGGUUGAUGUUUGUUUCUUCUCUCCUCAGU